AUGCUAAAGAUAACAGUAACAGUGAUGUCGACAAACUCAGUAUCUCAGUGGCCACGCUUUCGCAAGAGACGUCCCAAUACCAUGACGUCAUCCAGGCCAACUUCCGCGACUCGUACCAGAACCUCACCUACAAAACGCCGCUUUACUCACGAAAAGUGGGGUGUCUCUGAGGAACGUUAUCCUGGGAAUUCUUACCCUCCGUACGUGGCUGGUCCUUCGUAUAUGGUGCCGAUGCCCGUGGUGUCUGCCCUGCUACAGGCUGUUAGGAGGACGGAAUUUUUAUUCUUGGAAGACGUCUAUACAACCGGACUCGCCGCCAAGAAAGGAGGAAUCUCUCACUAUAACAUAUUCACUCUUACAAACUCUCUACCCAACAAAAUUGACGUGUUUUGGUGUUCGGGAGCAAGAGUAUUUCAAGAAAAUGUAGGUCUAAAAGAAGCAACGAGAGGCUGGAACAAGAUUCGUGAGUUAGAGGGCAUCAUUGAACCUCCAGAAUAUGUCUUCACUCCCUGACAUUCAACUGUUAUCGUUCCUCUUAUUUUCCCUUCGUGGUCUGAGUUUCCGUUAUGAACUUUCUACUGUAUGUGUUGUUUUUGUACUUUGUAUUUUUCCUUAGCAUAUGUCUUUGGCAAUACUCUUUGCUAAUUAUUUACUUACUUUUAUAUUAAUUAUUUUGUUUUUUGUUUAAUUACACACAUUAGAUAUCUUAAGCCACUUCUUGUUUGACAUGCUUUUUUUUUGACACAGAAAUGGUAUGUUGUACCCUAUUCAUGACAAACUGAAACACAUUUAAGGCUAAUAUGUUGUAGAUUAUUUGACUAUUUCAUAUGUAUAAUAAUUAUAACAUACACUUGUAACUCCCAAAUAACAUUUCGUAGAACCUACGAUUAAAAAGGGGAAGGGUACCAAAAGAAAAAUGGAGACAUAUAUUGUACAGAAUAACAAAUGUGAAAAUGUAAUAAA